AUGAGCCAUGUUGUUUGGAACUCGUACACAAAAGAAGCAUUUAAUAGAAACUGGAUCGAUUUCCUCAAAAUGUACGGCCUCGGAGGUAACAAGUGGUUUUCAGGUUUCACAACAUAUGAAGUCAUAGAGCAGGUUUCCAACUCCACAUUCAACAAGUUUGUCGUCACCUACGACGCAGUAUCACGAGAUGUAAAGUGCCAUUUCUUGCUGUUUGAGUCUAGGGGCAUAUUGUACCGCCAUUCCCUAAGCGUCCUAAGCUUUGAGCGAGUGGAUAACGUGGCACCGAAAUACAUAUUGGAACGGUGGAGCAAGAACAUAAAGAGGAGGAAUACACACAUCAAGAGCAGUCAAGAUGAACCUCUACUGGAGCCGAGAAGUAAGAGAUUUGACAAAUUGGUGUUUCGGUCGCACAAUAUAUGUGAAUUUGCAUCCGAGUCUGAAGAGUUGACCGGAAUUCUGCACCGAGCAUUUGACAAGUUCAAGGUGGAGAUGGAAGAAUAUCAAGAGAGAAGCAAAGAAAAAAGUUUGUUAACCCACAAAGAAGCAACAUUAAGCAAUGUGAAUGAUCUUCAAAGCCCACCAUGUGUCAAAACAAGAGGCCAGUCCAAGAACAUACUUGGAUCAAACCUGGAAAAAAAAAGAUCUCAAAUGCCAUGA